AUGGAGGAGGGGGACGCCGGCAGUGAUGACAAGAGAGGAGCAUGCCUAGCCUUUGCGGGUGGGAUCUGUCGAACAGAAACGGGCUCUGUGCCAAAAAGCAUUUUGGUCCCCGGGUCCUUUCUCUUGCCUAGACGUAUGAGAAAUCUGACAGAAUAUUUUGUGGCCGUGGAUGUAAACAACAUGUUACAUCUGUAUGCCAGUAUGCUGUAUGAGCGCCGGAUUCUCAUCGUCUGCAGCAAGCUCAGCACUUUGACCGCCUGCAUCCACGGGGCCGCCGCCAUGCUGUACCCCAUGUUCUGGCAGCACGUGUAUAUCCCCGUCCUGCCUCCGCAUCUGCUGGACUACUGCUGUGCUCCCAUGCCCUACCUCAUAGGAAUCCAUUUAAGUUUAAUGGAGAAAGUCAGAAACAUGGCCCUAGAUGAUGUCGUGAUCCUCAACGUGGACACCAACACCCUGGAAACUCCCUUUGAUGACCUCCAGAGCCUCCCAAAUGAUGUGAUGCUACCACAACAAAGUGAAUCUCGACUUUUACCUCAUGUAAAUAUUAGCUCAAAAUGGAUUAUGGACUGAAACCCAGAAGCAAAAACUAUAAGUAGAAGAAAAUAGAGAAGAAAAUCUUCAUGAACUUGGGAUAGGCAAAGAUUUCUCAGAUAAGACACAAAAAGCACACAUCAUAAAAGAAAAAGUGAUCAAUUAAACCUCAUAAAAAUAAAAGCUUAUCUUUUUCAAAAGGCACCAUUGAAAAAAUGAAGAAGCAAGCCAUAGACUGAAAUAUUCUCCAUACGUAUAUAUGAAAAAGGGUUUUUUCCCAGAAUAUACAAAGAACCCUCAAACUCAAUAAUAAGGAGACAGUCCAAUUAAAAAGUAGCGAAAGAUUGAAGAGACACUGAGCAGUAAAAGAUAUUCAAAUGGCCAAUGCACACAACCCUUGAAGGAGCAGAUUAGUAACACAAUGAGCAUACCGCCUUAUACCCACUGGUGUGACCAAAAUAAAAUGACUGCAUUUCUUAUAAAUGUGUAUCUUAAACCUAUGUUUACUCUCUGACAAAGUAUUUCACUCCUGGGUAUUCACCCAAGAAAAUUAAAACUUACGUGCACACAAAUACAUGUAUGUAAAUGUCCUUAAGCAGCUUUUUUCAUAAUCACCAAAAACUGGAAAUUAACCCAAGUGUCCUUCAACUGGUGAAUGUAUAAACAAAGGAAUACUACUCAGCAAUAGAAAGAAACAAUUGAUCUGUUCAACAACAUGGGUGAAUCUGAACUAUCUCACACUGAGCAAAAGAAGCCAGACAUAAGGGAAUAUACUAUAUGAUUUCAUUUAUGUAAGAUUCUAGAAGAGAGAAAGCUGUUCUGUGGUGGA